AGCUCCACUUUACUACGGAACGCACUGGUAAACGUCGUACGAAAAUCCACCAUGUAGUUUCUAUGACAUUUGCUGACAAUUGUGUACUGAGUAGAUUUUUAAUACAUUCUUUACCAUCUGGCUUACAUAGAGCCACUGCUUUUCAGGGUUCAGAGCAGGCGCUGGCCAAGGCCCCAGUACAUGCACCGCCCGUAGGAAAUAGCUAUCCAGGCGGUGUUUUGCAUCCGUGUACUGACAGUGGCAGUGCAAAACAAAAGGAAGUCGGCUAUAAUCAAUGAUUUAUAGAAACCCGAGGCGGAGUAGUCCUUCUCAAAUGUGAAAAUUUUUGACGUUUAUUUUUGACUGAAUUUGGACAAAAUUAUAUUUCGAUUACAAUCACAUAAUGCUAUCAAUGGUAGUAGUAUGAUAAGGCUUGGGUUGAAAGGACCACUCUCUCAGAGCUGUAGGGCCUUGUGGCCCCAGUAGAGAAUGUACCUUAGUGGGGACAGGGACUUCCAGAAUUCAGCACAGAGGAUGGGUACAUCCUUGCUGUUCCAGUUGUCAGUUCAUGAGCAGGACUUGGUGUUAUUGGACCACAGCUAUGCCAAGCCAUGGAAUGCCCACCCGGACGCCAGCAGUGCCCGGCCCACGCGCAUGCUGUUCGUCACACCCCGUCGCCAACCUGAUGCCACUCCGGAAUCAGAUCUGUCAAUAGAUGUGGAAUCUGUCACGCCUACACCUAUUCGACUCUAUGACAACCAGAAAGCACGCAGUGUUAUGAAGGAGUGUGAGCGACAUGUUUUAUUUGCUCGCACAGUUGCCGAUGGUCCCCCACCCCCUGAUGACUGGGACGAACGCAUCAACAAGGCUGGAUGGUCGGUCACUCAAAACAAAUUAUUUAAUAAGGUGCUGAAAGCUCUGCAAGCUGAAAGACUGGCCCGGCUUGCCAAUGAAAAUGCCUCCAAUGAGCCAGUAUUGCGCAGGAUUGCUGUGGACAAAUGUGCCCGGAAGGUGCGCCAUGAACUGGCCAGUGUCAACUGGGACACCAAACUGACCCAGUGGUUACACAGCACCCUGAUAGAGUCUCUCAGUCUGGCCAUGCUGGCUGCUUACCUGGACGUACUGCAGACACUCAAGAGCAAGUUGCCCUUGCUGAUUGACAGGAUGCUGCUGACGUCGUCAGUAAAGACUGGAGCGGCUGGUGCAGAAGCCCUCUCUCUGCUCCUGAAGAGGCCCUGGGAUCCAGCCGUGGGCGUUCUGUCUCACAACAAACCGAGCAAGCUUCCUGGCUCCCCACUCAUCUUAAUUGUACCAUCAGGUCCUACCAAUCCUGUUCUUUCUACCCCUCGCCGAUUUAGAUUUUGGCAGUCACAACUCUCCUGCUUGGGAAAGGUUAUCCCAGUAAAUACACAUGUAAACAGUGGAGCCAAUGUGGGCAUCACUCAGUGUCUGGAGCACAUGUUGGCCACAGUCAGGGCCAAAGUCAUGGAGAUCCACAGUCACUUCCCUCACAAACCCAUUAUCUUGGUUGGCUGGAAUGUGGGAGCUCUCAUCGCCUGUCACGUCUCCCUCGUGGAGUACCUGACUGCUGUGGUGUGUCUUGGCUUUCCUCUGCUAACAAUCAGUGGGUCAAGAGGGGAUGUGGACGACCCCUUACUGGACAUGAAGACCCCAGUGCUGUUUGUGGUUGGUCAGAACGCUCUGCAGUGUGGCACAGAGGCCAUGGAGGAGUUCAGAGAGAAACUUAGAGUCGACAACAGCAUGGUGGUGGUGGGGGGAGCUGAAGACAACCUCAGAAUCAACUCAACAAAGAUCAAAUCAGAGGGACUGACACAGACCAUGGUGGAUCGCUGCAUUCAGGAUGAGAUAGCAGACUUCCUGUCGGGAGUGCUGGAGCGGGCGGAGAGCAACGGCUCCGGAGAGCUUAGGGACCUGGACACAGAGAAGAAGAAGCAGCCCUGGCGGGAGUUACCCUUUGACCUGGAGAGGGCCCGUCCCUCUUCACCUGCCCUCAGAGUACCCAUCUCCCCCUCAGGCUCCGAGGACCUGUCCAGUGUGUGCAGCAGUCUCACCUCCAGCCCCAAACCAAAGUCCUCGGGACUGUCCCCGGCACAGAAGUCCAGCCUGAUCACCGCCACACAGCUCCUCAAGACCCAUAUGCAGCGGUCUGGGACGGUGCUCACACACAAGCAGGCACAAGCCCAGUUUGCUGCUUUUAUGAAACAAAACAUGCUUGUGAGGAAAACUCUUCCCCCUGGCGCUCCCUCCUGUGUCUUCGUGCCUGUAUCCAGUGAGCAGACUGAGAGCCUGGAGAGAGAUGAGUUGAUGGCCCAUCUGAAGAGGAGGCAGACGCCCAGCCCCACUCCCACCAAGGCCUCAAAGAGAGCUAAGAUCAAGGUGGCCAUCCUGCAUGGAGAGACAGCAGGGGGCGCUGUCAGCUCUGCAGCACAGGAAGUGGGCCCCUCUGGGAAGCCCCUGAAUGUGACUGUGGGACAGACUGUGUCUGGAGCCAAGGAAGUCUCCCGACUCCUCACAGCCCAGCGGUCUGGUAGUCUGACAGGGGUGUCUAGUGCCCAGAGUCUGGGUUCCAGCUCUUUCCACAAUCUGCAGAGUUGCAUGGUGUCAGGGUCCUCCUCACAAGUCCAGGCGCAAGCUCCUGCUACUGUCCAAGCACCUUCCGCCAGCAGCCUCCUCCAUGGCCUAAGUUUCAGUCUACAGGAGAUAGUGACCAAAUCCCCUAGCCUGCCCAGCACAACAGCUAGCAUGGGCAGCAUUCAGGCCCUCGGUGGGAAGCCCCGGGGUCAGGUUCUUAACUCCAUAGGUACUGGCAGCAGCACUCUGCUCCGGGCAGUGCCUGUGGUCUCCACUGGAGGGCUGACUAAGACAACUGCCAUCCACCAGCUACUCAACAACGGUGGGCUGGACAAGCCGGCGAGUGGCCUCCCCGGCCUGCCACACAUCUCCAUCCAGAGCGCCGGUACGUCUCGAACUACCAAACCAAGGCGGCCACGCUGAAUGCCCAGGUGAUGACCUAAUGAUGAUCGUGAUGACUGAAUCAUGCCAGAUGCCAAAUGUGAUGCCAUCAUCCUGAACGGGGCAAUGAUCUGACUAUUCAGAUAUGUAGAUAUGGUCUAGUCAAUGUACCCCCUGCCAUUACGUCUACUCCCACCCCAAUGCAGCAGAGGAACACUGCAUUACGUAAAGGAUUCAUUCCCCAUGGUUUGAGAUGACUAGCUCUGUAGUGGACGAGUCUCCAUUCUGCUACAGGCAAUCUCCAUCAACCCAACUGCCAUAUGUUGAGGGCUUACAAUAUUGAAGGCAUUUUGUCACAUUUUGUAGUCCUCGGCAUCAUUGAAAAGGAUAGCCCUAACAGUUUUUUCUAUAUGCUUUGUUCUGUAACUUUGUUUGGCUCCAGUUGGGUCAAUUAAUUUAUAAUUUGACCUCCAUCUCAUGGAAGGAAUUCUAUAAAGCUUUUGACCUGGCAAGAUGUUUCAAAAAUAUAAUGUGUGGGUCAUUGAUCGCAUUUAUUAAUAGGUGGACUACUCCUGUGUUGUAAAUGUGUAUUUACAGAUCACAAACACUUUACUUUUAAAUGGAACAAGAGCGAGGUGAGAGGACAUGAUUGUUAUAACAGGUUCAGCGUCAUUUUGAGCUUUUCAUGUAAGUUUGAAUAGCUCAUCAUUGGCAAGUAGUGAAGCAUUGAACAAGCACAUCAUUAUCUUCAUACUUUAUUCUUCUGCACUGUGUCUUUAUUACACACAUGGGUAACAGUCAGACAAUAUAGAGGAGAGCGUAUGUUUUAGCUCUUAUAUAAGCCAGGCUUUGUCUGUGAUAAACGGGAUAAGUAUGCCAGUCAGGAAGACAGCCAGAGACUGCUGUUGGACUAACCUCCCCACAGUUCAUAGUAAUAUCUAUUCCUUCAGGCAAUCCAUGUUUCACUCCUACCAAAAUGCUACGUGAAUGAUCUAUAAUGUGGGCUGCAAGUGUUUGUCUCAAACACACUCUCUACAUUAAGCUUUGUAUGUGGACACCUGCUCGUCAAACAUCUCAUUCCAAAAUCAUGGGCAUUAAUAUGGAGUUGGUCCCCACUUUGCUGCUAUAACAGCCUCCACUCUUCUGGCAAGGCUUUCCACUAGAUGUCAGAACAUUGCUGGGGGAACUUGCUUCCAUUCAGCCACAAGAGCAUUAGUGAGGUUGGGCACUGAUGUUUGGCGAUUAGGCCUGGCUUGCAGUCAACGUUCCAAUUCAUCCCAAUUGUGUUCAAAUGGGUUGAGAUCAGGGCUCUGUGCAGACCAGUCAAGUUCUUCCACACCGAUCUCGACCAACCAUUUCUGUAUGGACCUCACUUUGUGCACGGGGGCAUUGUAGGGCCUUCCCCAAACUUUUGCCACAAAGUCGGAAGCACAGAAUCUUUUAGAAUGUCAUUGUAUGCUGUAUCGUUAAGAUUUCCCUUCACUGGAACUAAGGGGCCUAGCCCGAACCAUGAAAAACAGCCCCUGACCAUUGUUCCUCCACCAAACUUUACAGUUGGCCCUAUGCAUUUGGGCAGAUAGCUUUCUCCUGGCAUCCGCCAUACCCAGAUUUGUCUGUCUGACUGCCAGAUGGGGAAGUGUGAUUCAUUACUCCAGACAUGUUUUCACUGCUCCAGAGUCCAAUGGCGGCGUGCUUUACACCACUCCAGCCAACACUUAGCAUUGUGCAUGGUGAUCUUAGGCUUGUGUGCAGCUGCUUGGCCAUAGAAACCUAUUUCAUGAAGCUCCUGAUGAACAGUUCUUGUGCUGACGUUGCUUCCAGAGGCAGUUUGGAACUCGGUUUUAGACUUGUGUAUUGUUUUGAAUUGUUAGAUACUACUGCACUGUUGGAGCUAGGAACACAAGCAUUCUGCUACACCCACAAUAACAUCUGCUAAAUGUGUACGUGAUCAAUUAACAUUUGAUUAGAUUUUUUUGUGAGUGUUGCAACCGAGGACAGACGAUUUGUAUGCUCUUCAGCACUCGGCGGUCCAGUUCUAUGAGCUUGUGUGGCCUACCACUUCGCGUCUGAGCCGUUGUUGCUUCUAGACAUUUCCACUUCACAAUAAAAUCACUGACAGUUGACCGGGGAAGCUCUAGCAGGGCAUCCUAUGACGGUGCCACGUUGAAAGUCACUGAGCUCUUAAGUACUACUGCCAAUGAUUGUCUAUGGAGAUUGCAUGUCUGUGUGCUCUAUUUUAAACACCUGUCGGCAACGGGUGUGGCUAAAAUAGCCGAAUCCACUCAUUUGAAAGGCCACAUUUGAUCAGGAUCUUUGUGUCAAAAUGCCACUUGUAUUUAGUCAACACAGCUCCAUCCUGUUCACUCCCAAAUCACUGGGAUGAGACACGUGACAAAUCAAAUGCUAACUCAGCAAUGACAAAUCAAGCGCUAACUCAACUGUCUUUGCAGACUGAUCUACAUGUUUUUGCAAACUUUGAAUUGUCUAUAUUCAGAGUUUGCACAAUUGAUAAUUUUAUGCAGUAUCAUGAUCAAAGGAACAGGUAGGAAUGGCCUAUGUUUGAUCUUUUACAUGUUUGCUGUCGAGUCAUUUGUAUUCAGUUAAUAAUGAAAUAAUCAAUAUUUGUCAUCCUUCGUGUUUACUUUUAGAUUACAAAUAAAUUGUGUUUUUCUUUGCAGGUAAAAUAUGAUAAUUCCAUGUGUUGGCAACAGGUGGCGCUCAACUCGGGAAAAACCAUUACUGUUUUAACUGGUUCUUAAUGAUACACAGUAUGAGUUAUAACUCCCUCUUUACUUUUCUAAAUUUAUAUUUCCUUUUGUCUCUAAAUGCAUAGUUAGUUUGAUAUCUGAUUUAUAGAUUUCAUCAAGUGAUAAUAAGGCUGUGCUUUGUCACAUCUACGGAAGGGUUCUGCCUUGUGUCUGGGGUAGGGGGAAGCCUAUCUCUGAUAAACAGCUUAAUGUUUCUUUACAACCAGACAAAAUACACGAUGAACUGUGUGACUUAUAAAUCACCUGAGUAGAAUAGUGAUGACAAUGCCCGCCAGGAAUAAAAGUGUGUGUGUGCAAGCGUGUGUGUAUGUCAAUCCA